AUGUUUGUGUUCUUAGCAAUAACUAUGCUUAUGGCCAGGAAUAAAAAAUUAGAAAUACAAGACUACUGGUCCAUGGACCCCUUAUCUCAUCAACCAAUAUUUGGCAAAUACAUGAGUCGCAACAGAUACCAAAUUAUAUUGCGAAUGCUUCAUUUUAGCCAGAAUGAAGAUCAAGUACCAGGGGACAGACUUGCAAAAGUGCGUAUGCCUUUGAAAGAAAUAACCAAAAAUUUCAAAGAAGCAAUGGUUCCUUUUGAAAAUUUAGCUAUUUAUGAAAGUUUAGUGCUUUGGAAAGGAAGAUUAUCGUUCAAACAAUUUAUUAAAACCAAAAGUCACCGUUUUGGCAUUAAAAUAUUUGUGUUGUGUGAUGUUGAAACCGACUUUAUACUUGACAUAAUUAUAUAUACUGGGAGUACCACUGAGUAUACAAAAACUGACCCUAGCCUUGGAAUUUCUUGUGCUGUUGUGAACACACUUAUCAAACCAUAUUUGAAUAGAGGCCAUAAAUUAUUCAUAUAUAAUUGGUAUUCAUCACCAUCCUUGGAUAACUAUCUUCAUAAGAGAAAAACUAAUGUCACAGGGACAGUUCGAAAAAAUCGAAAAGGUAUGCCGACCCUAUUAGCCAAAUUAAAAGUUGGACAAACUGAAAGCCAACAUACCAAGACUAUGUUAGUAGUAAAAUGGAAAGAUCGUAGGGAUGUAUUUAUGCUCACUACUCAGUUUGAAGACAAAAUGGUACAUAUUGGAAAAAAUGAUCAUCAAGGUAAUGCAAUUUUGAAACCAGUAGCAGUAAUGCAUUAUAAUGAAAGCAUGGGGCCAAUCGACAAAACGGACAUGCUCUUGAGUUCAGUUGUGAGCAAACAAUGUGUGAGAAGAACAAUCAAGUGGUAUAAAAAAUUAUUUUUUCACUUGAUUGAUCUUUCACUUUUGAACGCGUACUCAGCUUACAAAACGUGUACUGGACUCAAAACUAACCUUGCAGACUUCCAGUACUAG